GUGAGUGAAGGGACGAUCACCUUCACUUCUCUUGCUGCUAUUCAUCUCACAUUAAGAUGAGUGAAUGCCCUCUAUUAGUUGAAUGGGCCACAUUUGAAGAACAUUGUCGACUGGUGAACACUUCAGUUAGAAUGAAACUCUUGCAGAAACUGAACAUAACCCACUCACUGAAGUUUCAUUUUGUUCGUUAGGAUUCUGCUUUGUAGAGAUGUCGUCCAUCGGAGAUCGGGAAGCCGUAGAGCAGGAUUUCGGCGAGCCGGACGACCAACAGCCGGACGACCAACACCAGGAUGAUCAAAAGCCAAACAGCCAAGAGGUGGAACUCAAAGCCGAAAACCAGCCAUGCUGUGAUUCCCAAGAACAGCAUGGUAAAGAGCAUCACGUUCAAAAUCGGGCCAGCCAACAGCCAGAUGCCGAACAGCCGGACGCCCAACAGCUGAAUACUCGGUGGAGGGACGCUCAAGCUCCACAGCGGGCACCCUCGGAUUUACAAACGCAACACAACGUGAAGAGUGACACCCAAGAGAGGCACGCUCCCAAGCUGGGUGGCCGAGAGAGGAACCUCCCGCCAUGGGACAGCCACUCACUCUCCCCAAGGCCAUUCGGCCUAGACCGGGACACCCCAGAGGAUCUAACCCAAGAACCGGACACCCGCGAACGAGAACCACUAUGCAAGCAGUUUGCCCAAAUGCAGCUCGACCAAGCACGGCACCCCGAAGAGAGGCUCGCCGCUGACCGAGAGUCAGUUGACAGAGAGGGGGUCCGCAUAAGACGUCUCCCAGGGGAUCGACAGCCCCGAGCGCAACGUUUUCCAUACCAACCUGCACAGGAGCCGGGAGUUGUCCAAACCGACCGACGGCAAGGAUGUGAUCCUCAACUGCGGCAACGCCAAAAGGUGGAGCGGGACAUCCAAUUUCAAGAGGCGGCAAUCGGGCUAUCGCGGGCAAUGGGGUUAGAUCGACAGAUCCAGCAGUAUGAGCAGCAGCUCCAACAGAGGAAGGAGCUCAACGAACUGCAAAGACGGCAUGUCCCACAGCAGGAUGUCCUACAGGAGGAUGUCCAACAGCGAGGCGUCCAUCAGCGGAAUGUCCAACAGCGGGAGCGGAUCGUCAAACAGAGAGAGAUUGCCGUCGAAAAGUGGCAGAUGAAGGUUCAUCAGCGAGAGCGGAUCGUCGAACGACGAGAGAGUACGGUUGAGUUGCGGGAGGGGAUGGUCGAACAGCGGGAGAAAGCCCUCCAGGACCAGGAGGUGAUGCGCCUACGGAAGGAGCAAGAGGAGAGCUCCAAGAGCGAGUCGAGUAAAACACAAGGACCGGAAUAAGAAUUUACUGAAAAAAUUGGUCCGUUUGUUCUACUUUCUUUGACAUGCAGGCCCAAAAAUCACGUCACACAUAACUUUAUAAUGUCAUGUACUCAAGUAUGAAUUUCCAGCAAUGUUUAAUAACGUUUUACACAUUCUACCCCCCCCCCUCGUCUCAAUUGUUUUGUUCCUUUGUUGUCCAGACACGAAAGCCGUGUACUUCUUGUGUGACGUGUUGCCUUCGGAAACACGCUCGGAAUCCUCUGCCAAGUCCGAGACGAACUGUAAGGGUCGUCUGAACAACUACAUGUACGACAAUGUGUCAUGCAAAACAUGUGUACUGGUGCUGCGUUUGGGUGCAUGGUUGCAU